ACGUUUCUGCGUCAGGACGUCAGCCGCUGCGGCGGGUAAGAUGGCGGCGAGCUACGAGUGUGUUCCUGAACUAACAGCACGCCUCAAGGAAUUAACCCGAAACUGUCAAAAAGAGUUGGUGUUGGUUUUCAUGACACCGAUCCAGAGAUUGACCACCGCGUUCAAAGAAGAACAUAAUAGGAUGGAGGCAACACAAUCUUUAUUUGAAAGUUUUGAAUGCAUUCUAGCAACACAGUUGGCUGAGAUAGAGGUAUUCUCUGACAAUCCUGACAGUAACAGGAACGGACAACUUGAAGCUUGUUUACAGCUAGUUGCUGAGUGUUUCCGAUGUCUCAGAAAUGCCUGCAUACAAUGUGUCGAAAACCAGUCUCGUGCAAGCAAUGGAGGACUGAUUGAGCCAUCUAUUCGGAUUCUCCACUUGCUUCACGGGUUAAGAUUCUCCCAGAGUGAUGCUUUGUUAGUAGCUAUUCGAUGUGGCCUUCAGUUCCUUGGAAACCUUAUAACUGGCAAUGAAGAGUCUAAGCAUAUUCUGUGGAAAAGCGCCUUUCCGGAUCUUUUCAUGCAAUACCUGAGUCAAUCCGAUAAGAAAGCUGUUACCUAUUGCUGCAUGGUUCUGUUCACCUGCCUUAAAACUGAAAGAACAGCUGACUUAUUAAGUCACAUGAAAGGGGUUGAACUGGCUGAAGCUGUUGUCAAGAUAUGCAAGAAAGAACCUGAACUAGACUGGGCCUUUCUGAUUGUGACAGAGCAUUUUCUGAAAUGUCCAGACUUGAUGGCUGAAUUGUACAUCAAAUUGAAUAACCAUGAAAGGAUUGUAGUUUUGGAUCUGAUAUCUGCAAAAUUGAGUGAGAUACUGGGGUGUCCAGUUGGCAGUGAUGACUUGACUGCUGUUAUGAAGAUGAUGCAAUUCUUGGCAAGCCUUUUCCUACAGAAAUGCACAGCAGUGUUGAAAUUCACUUCUGCUACUGAUGAAGAGAAUGAGGAAGCCCUCAUUGUAAUCAGGCUUCUUGAUAUUCUUUGUGAAACAACUUCAAACUAUGAAAAGUUCAGUUAUUUGCAGAAUUCACCUGGUCUCCUAGAGACUGUUGUUGAUCUUUUGGAUCAGACACAUCUUGCAGGAAAACAACAAGAGAAUAUUUUCAGUGUAUCCCAAUCUUUGUCAUUCACUGAUCACACCUUCCAUCCUGCUGUGGGUUUUAAAGCUCAUUUGAUCCAUCUCAUUGGGAACCUUUGUUAUCACAAUAAUGAAAACCAAGAUAAGGACAUUGGGUGAAGCUUGUUUGACUGGAUGGCGGAACAUAGUGAGGGCUUCAUAAAGUUGAAAACUGAAAUGAAAAGCACCUGGAUGGAAAAUGUGAAACAUUAACUGGUUAUUCUGAGAAUGAAAGAGAGACUGUAAAUUGUAUUAUUUACAUAUCGGUAUCUAUAGGUAUUCGUUGGUAGAUAGGAAAGUGAAGAAGGCAUUUGGUAUGCUUACCUUUAUUGGUCACUGCAUUGAGUAUAGGAGUUGGGAGGUCAUGUUGCAGCUGUGUGGGACAUAGGUUAAGGCCACUUUUGGAAUACUGCAUGCAGUUUUGGCCUCCCUCUUAUAGGAAGGAUGUUGUGAAACUUGAAAGGGUUCAGAAAACAUUUACAAGGAUGUUGCUGGGGUUGGAGAGGGAUUUGAGCUUUAGUGAGAGGCUGAAUAGGCUGAUGCUAUUUUCCCUAGAGUAUCAGAGACUGAGGGGUGACUUUUUAUUGAAGUUUCUAAAAUCAGAAGGGGCACAGAUGGGGUAAAUAGACAAGGUUUCUCCCCCCAGGGUAUGGCAGUCCAAAACUACAGAGCAUAGGUUUAAGGUGAGGGGAGGGAGCUUUAAAGGGAUCUAGAGGGCAACAUUUUAAACACAGGGCUGAUGUGUGUAUGGCCAGAGGAAGUGGUAGAGGUUUGUAUAUUUACAACAUUUAAAAGGCAUCUGGAUGAGUAUACAAAUAGGAAGAGUUUAGUGGGAUGUGGGCCAAAUGCUGGCAAAUGGGACCGGAUUAAUUUAGGAUACCUGUUUGGCAUGGACAAAGGUAAUUAGACAGGAAAUAUUAAAUAAUGAUCAGCAGGCAUGCUGAAUAAGAGGGGAUUAGAGUAUGUAUAGUGCAAUAAUUGUAAAAUAAUUCUACCUCUGUCACUUUAGGCACAAACUGUUUAUACUACACGUGUGAUUUAAAUCUUAUUUUUUUUAAAAAAUCCUUCAGUACAUGGCUUGAGUACUUUGACCUGGACUGAUUGGACCACACGGCUUGUUUCUGUGUUGUAUGUUUUAUGUAAUUCUAUUUAACGUUCUUCGUUCUGACAUGUUUUCUGUGUGGCCCUGAAACACAAUUCUCGAGGGGGAUGGUUUACUCCGUUCAAAGGAAAUGUUGACAAGGCUGCACUUGAUUCUAUUGCAACUGUACCUUAGCUAUAAUUGAAAUGAGGUUUGCACUGGAUGCUUGAAUUAAUAAAUCAAGUUGUCUUACAUAUGCUAGUGUAUGAAAUUAAAGUGGCUGAUCAUUGGAACCAAAAUAAUAACCUGC